AUGACUUCAAAGAAGGAAUUUAAGGAGCAACUUAAGGAAGGGUGCCAUGCCUAUGUUCCAAGCAUGGAGACAUCCUAUGGAUAUAUUCCAUCAGAGGCAGCCGGAAUUGCAUUUGUUGUUUUGUUCGGUCUGUCGGGGCUCAUCCACAUUAUUCAGUUUUCUUGGAAGCGAACAUGGUGGUGCUCGGUAUUCACCAUUGGAUGCUUAGCGCCAACAUUUUACACUGCCGGGAUCUACAUUCUCCUCGGUCGAUUUAUUCAGCUGCUCGGUCGCGAAUCAUCGAUACUUAGUCCGAAGCAAUACCUUUGGAUUUUCUGCACCUGCGAUUUUAUCUCCCUCGUUGUUCAAGCCGCAGGUGGCGGCAUGGCUUCUUCUGAGUCAGACAAUGGAAAUACUGCUCCAGGGACAAACACUAUGGUUGCUGGUAUUAUCUUCCAACUGGUCUCGAUUAGUGUCUUCGUAUUCUUCGCCGUGGACUUCUUACGACGAGCAUUUCGCAUGGGUAUGCUCAAGUCGAUUAUCAAGGGCCCACUGACGCCUCUUCUGGGUGCCACGUGUCUUUCCGUUUUAGUGAUCUAUAUCCGAAGUAUCUACCGUACGAUCGAGCUUGUACAGGGAUGGUCCGGAUACCUGAUUACUCAUGAGAUAUACUUUGUGAUCCUCGACGGUGUCAUGAUGGUUAUUGCUGUCACAGUGUUCAACGUUUGUCAUCCAGGAUGGCUGGUACCUUCGGACUCUAUCUUCGUGCGUCCCAAAUAUCAGGAUCAUGUCGAGAUGAGUGACGCUGAAACACAAGGGUUGAGGGGAGACACAUCAUAUACGCCUUACAAUGAGAGCUACUACGCAGCGUAG